AUGGAAACUAUAUUCAUACUCUUAGUAGAAUCAAACACGUCUUGAAGCUACUUCAUCAAACCCGGUUUGAACCAAUUUUGAACAUAUUGAACUGGUAAAGACUAAAACCGGUUAAGAAAUACCGGGUUUGGAUUAGGGCUUGAGAUUUCGGUGUCUUAUAUAAGGAGAUUUAGAGAACUGACACUCAGCUACUAAGAAGCGAUGAUGGAGACAGGGAAGAGGGCACGAUGGAGAGACGACUACGACGAAAGACUAGGCGAUGCUCUACCGCCGGAAUUGCCCUGUCUUCCUCCAGAGAUGAUAAGGGAGAUUCUCCUUCGAUUACCGGCGAAAUCGAUCGGCCGAUUCAGGUGCGUGUCUAAGCUCUUUCGCUCUCUCUCAUCGGACCCUAAGUUUGCGAAGACCCACCUCGAUCUUUCCCUUCGAAACGACGCACUCCGAUCAGCUCGGCGAAGACUCGUCGUGUCUUACAAACAUCUCUACACGGUGUCCUUCGAUUCGAUCGUUGAUACGAGCGACGGAACUAGGGAUUUGGGUGCUGUUGAGAUCCCCGAGUCUCCUGUCAUGGUCAAUUUCGUCUCAUCGUAUUAUCAGGAUGGCCGGAGGAUUGAACUGGUCGGGACUUGCAACGGGUUGGUGUGUACAACUUCCGAAGACGCUGUCACGUUCUUAUUCAAUCUGACCACUAGAGAAUCUAAGGAAAUUCCGGGUUUGCGAGAAUUUCUAGAUUCGGUGUCCAAAGAGGAGACAUUCUCUGCGUUUGGGUUCGGGUUCGGGUUCGAUGCAAUAACCGAUGAUUACAAGGUGGUGGCGCUUGUCACGGGCGAUGUUCUGAAUGCUAGUGUUUAUUCCCUCAAGACAGGUUCUUGGAAAUUGGUCGGAGAUUCGCGUUAUGAAUAUGCUAAUUCCGCGGAGGGUCUUCUUGUAAACGGUGCAAUCCACUGGUUUGCAUUGCAUGAAGAGGAUGAUCGGCUAGUUGUAGUGGCGUUCGAUUUAGCGACUGAGCAGUUCAAAGACAUGGCAUUACCUGAUGAAGCUGAGGAUUGCGCACACGGGCGUGGGGGAUUUGAGCUCCAUAAACUCAAUGGCAGACUCUGCAUGGUAUACACCUGCUGCGAGAACCACGAUGAUUUCUGGGUGAUGAAUGAGUAUGGCGUGGCUAGCUCUUGGGCCAGAGUUCGGAUCAGCGUGCAGUACGAUAGCAUGAAGCCGCUGUGUUCGGGUAAGAAGGAAGAGGAAACUCUUAUGGAAAUAAAUGGACAGUUGGUGCUUUGCAAUUUCCGGAAUGACACCUCUACAUCAUUGGUCCUUAAAGAUGCUAAGCUGCGCUGCAUAAUAGAGGCCGAUAGGGCCGAUACAUACAUAGAAAGCCUCAUAUCACCAAACUCAUAUGGCGGGGUUUAGCUCAUUAGCAUUAAACUACGUUUUUUGAUCAUUCUUUAAUCUUUAUUGGGUUUUGGGUGUUUUAUAUAUAUUCUUUAUUCUUUGUUGGGAGUGUCAGGAAUAGAUGAACCUAGCCCUAGGGUUUUAUUUAUUUCCCUUAUUUGUAAGGGAGCUUGGCUGAUUAAUAAAGGAGUAAGAAGAAAGAAGGUUUUAAGAGAAGAAAUUGUCUUUUGGAUCGGUCAUGGAAGAUUCUAAUUCGUACGAGUGAGGAUAUGUGGGAGGAAAUGUGUGUGUAAUAUAUACCAUGGAAAGCUGUCGUUACCAAAGUUGUGUGUGAUAUGACACUAAAGUUGUUAACUUUCGU